UCUGUAAUGUAUUACACUGUAGAUGGAGCUUUGUAUACAAGAUCUUGCCUCUCGAUGAUCAAGAUGCGGUGAGGGUCAAUGAAACAACGACAACAACAAAACUAUAAGAAACCUCACGGCCAAACAGAAAAGCUAAAAGAAAGAAAAAAAGAAGUUGAUUUCAGAAAGCAAAGAGCUUUUCUUUCUUCUUCUUUCUAUCUUUCUCCAUGUUCUCCCAAGCAAAGAGCUCUUAGCUCUCUCUCUCUCUCUCUCUCUCUACCCAUUUUCUUUCUUUUAUCAUCAGUAAAGCUGAAAACCCCACUACACCAAAAAUACUCCAAACACCUGUACAGCUAAAGAUUGAUUUGUUUCACUUCACCUCCAACAGCAUAUAGUCACCAAAACCCCCACCCAUGCUAGACAGCAUCACCACUUCAACUGCUCCUUCUCCUUCCUCUGAUCCCUUCACGAGUUCCUUAGAUAAUGGGCUCACCAAUAAAAGAAAAAGAAAACCUGCAGGCACACCAGGUAGGAGCACUCCAAGGACAAAAAAACAAGAAUAACCCCCAUAUCGAAACUCUCUAUCCUUUGUAUCCAGAUGCAGAGGUUGUAUCUCUAGCACCCAGGACCUUACUGGAAUCAGACAGAUAUGUCUGUGAGAUCUGUAACCAAGGGUUUCAAAGAGACCAGAACCUACAAAUGCAUAGGAGAAGGCACAAGGUACCAUGGAAAUUACUGAAAAGGGAGACACAAGAAGUGAAGAAGAGAGUUUAUGUAUGCCCUGAACCAAGCUGCUUACACCAUGACCCUUGCCAUGCUUUAGGAGAUCUCGUUGGCAUAAAGAAGCACUUUAGAAGGAAGCACAGUAAUCACAAGCAGUGGGUUUGUGAGAAGUGCUCUAAAGGUUAUGCUGUUCAGUCUGAUUACAAAGCUCACCUCAAAACUUGUGGUACAAGAGGUCAUUCUUGUGACUGUGGCCGUGUAUUUUCCAGGGUGGAGAGUUUCAUCGAGCACCAAGAUGCUUGCACAGUAAGGCGAGCCCAGCCUGAACUACAGGCAUUGCAGCCGGCGCCCUGCUCAUCCAGAACCGCCUCAAGCACCAGCCCUUCAAGUGAUGCCAAUUUUAGCAUAGUUCCGUUACCAGGGAUACCAAUGUCAAAGGCAACCGAACCAGUUUACUUGUACUCGGAUAGAAAUGAUGCAUCUACUAGUCAGCAAGAACACAAUCUUGAACUUCAGCUCCUACCAUCUUCAAGCACUCACUUCCCACAAAAUCCUGACGAGGGUUAUGCUACAAAUUUGAAGCUUUCAAUAGGGUCAAGUGACAGUUUAAAAAAAAACGAACAAUUCAAGGCCAUUAUGGAUCCAAGUGGCCCGAAAAGAACUUAUGAAUCUACACUAGAAGCAGCAAAGUUAGAGGAGUUUGCUAAUGAACAGUUGAGGUUGGCUAUAACUGAAAAGGCCUAUGCUGAGGAGGCUAGGCAACAUGCAAAGAGACAAAUUGAGAUGGCUGAGCUGGAAUUUGCAAAUGCGAAGAGGAUAAGGCAACAAGCUCAAGCUGAGCUUGAAAAGGCUCAAGUUUUGAGAGAGCAAGCUACAAAGAAGAUUAGCUCUACCAUUAUGCAAGUCACCUGCCAAGCUUGCAAGCUACAAUUCAAACUAUCAACGGCUGCUGCAUCGGCAGACGAAACCUCCCUUGCUAUGAGUUACAUGUCCUCAGCAACUACUGAAGGGGACGGGGAGUGAUACCCCAAAAAUUUCUUGCAAACUGUAUUAAGCAAACCUUCUCUCUUUGUUUUGUUUUUAUAUAUAUUUGUUCAUUUAAAUUGUCUGUUGUAACCUGUAAAAAAAAAAAAAAACUCUCUGCCUAUAUCAAACUUGGUGUUUUUGACUAUUGUUAUUGCUAGUUAACUAAACUGGGAUGUGGGAUGGUGUAACAGUACAUUUGUACUGAUUCAAUAUAAAUAUCUUCAUUUAUUUGAAAGAAAAA